AUGGAAUUGUCUGAUAAUUAUGUGAUCACCGUUGAAAACAGUUCCCUUUAUCGUAAAUUAUUGAAGCUUCCAUUGACGGCAAUUUGUGACUUGGCUCUAAGAUGGUCCAGCUCACAUGGUUGUAAGCAUCCCCAUGAAGAUGUGAAAGCGACGACAGAACGUUGGAAGAAAAAGAAGGUUCAAAGAAAAAUUGCUGCCAGUACAGUUCUAUUACAGUAUUGGCCUGAUGGCUUAAAUCUUCUUCAAUUGGCACAACUAGAUUGCUAUCUACUGUUUCAUAAACCAAACUCAUACGUUUGGAUGUCUCAAACUGCAUACAACAAGAACAAUGAAAAAGUGAAUCUUUCUAUUGAUCCCGACAGCUUUAUCUCAGGUAUUAAAAAUGACCUUGGAAAACUUUAUAUGUCCCACCUUUAUUUUUGCAAACACCCCGAAUUCCAAAUGGUCGUAUGUCGAAUCCAGUUAUUUGAUUAUAACAAUGAGUUUUUAAGCUUAACCGAGGUAUCGAGCCACGAAGAUGAUAGAAGCUAUCCAGAGAUUACCCCUGAUUUUGGGGCUUCCAUAAGGAAGGAGCUUGUCACAAGAGCCCCAUUUUAUAUCUGCUUUCCUUUGAAUUCUCCAGUGGUGAUUCACACCGUUGGCACUGAUCUUUAUGCAAAGCUAAUCCUAGAGAGUGUUCAGAAAUGCAUUUUCGGAAGGGAAAAACUGACUUUAGUUCCAAACGAAGACGCUCCCAUUAAAAAUCUUAAAACACUUAAUAUUUUACAUGGAACAUCAAGAUAUGCUCAUUCGUUAGGGCCAUGGAGUGCAUAUGCCGAGUCUGAUAUUGAAUUAUCACCUUUGACAGAUUCAAAAGCACAUGAAUUAGUUUGCGGAAGAUCAAUAUUAUGCAAGACUUCAGAGUUUACCAAGGAGGCAUUGAUGGAGAAAACGAUGAUAAAAUUCAAAGGGAGAAGUUAUAAAGGACAUUUUCAUCGAGUUUCUGAAGCGAAGAGAAGAUUUGAUAAAAUGAUAUAUCGAUCUGCAAAUACCAGCGAAAAAUGUAGCAGUUCAAGCUUUAACUCAAACUACGCAUCUUUGAUUCCCGCUACUAACGUCGAGUUCAUUUUAAAGGACGAAAUAACAGCUCAGGAGAAUGUGACGAUUAAAUUUACAUUUCAAGGUAACGAUAUUUUUGGUGGUUUACAUGAAUUAUGCGACAGAGAUUUAAUAGACUUAGAAAAGGUGCCUGGUUGGCUGGCAGGUGAAAAUGGGCCUGAUUCUGGCCUAAUUGAAAAUGGUCAUUUUACAAAAGCUUACACCAAAGGACGUUUGAUUUAA